UGGAGUUGCGCGCCCGGGUGCAUUUCGCAUCGAGAUUUAUCACCGGAGGAGACGCACUGUAAUGGGCUAUCAGCGGGGGAGAAUCUGGAAGGCGGGGGAGAAUCUGGAAAUCGGUGAAUUGAGCCGAAUCUGGAAGUCCGUGGAUUGAGCUGAAUCUGGAAGUCCGUGGAUUGAGCUGAAUCUGGAAGUCCGUGGAUUGAGCUGAAACAACUCUGGGUUUCUUUUAUUCUUUUUUUAAAGAGAUUUUGCUCUAAUUGUCAUGAUGACCGACUUGCUGUCCGUGGUGUCGGAGGCGGAGAGGAAGUCCUUUCCUACCCUCUCUCAGCUCUCAGAAAACGACGUUGAUAGCGUUUGGUCGAACGUGUCAUCUUUCGUGGAGCGACAGAUGACCUUGCAAAAGGGGGUCUACAUUGCAGGCCUGGGAUCCUUCACCUUCUCUCAGCAGAAGCUGGACGUAGGCAACAAGUUUGUUUUGAUCCAGCGACCCAUCUUCCUGCUCUCUGAGAAGCUGUCCCAGUCACACGGCCUGAAGCAGGUCAAACCGCUGUCUGCAGCAGGGGACGUGCCACUGGUCCAGCUCAACUUCACAGCCCUGUCUGUGGAGAGCCCGUUUGAGCGUCACGUGGUGGAGGGCUGUGUGAGAGAGACUCUGCUGGUGUUGCUGAGAGCCGUGGCCGCCGGACGCUCAGUCCUCUUCACCUUCCACGCCAUCGGAGAGCUGUUGUUCUGCCAGAGCAAAGUCAAGAUGAAGUUCUACCACGACUUUGUCACCGCCUUGGACGGCAGCGGGAAGCUGCUCUUGGCGCUCUCCAAUAGACCUGGCACCAGCAACUCUGUCCUGUUUGAGAGAUCCAGCAUAACAGGGACCAGCAACACCAUCAUCCUCCCCAGGAUCUCUUCCGAACAGGGGGGGAAGGACUGGGGAGAAGAGGCCCUGGCCCAGGUCCAGACAGACUCAGACAGGAAGGAGAAGAAUAGAGAAUCCCUGGGGACUCCGCAGUCCAGAUCCAGACACACCCUGCACCCAGCCAAGGUCAACGGGAUCAGUCUCACUGAUGACCUGGAGCCCAGACCUCCAGCGGAGACCAACACUGACAGGUCCACAGUGUCUAUCCUACCACUGGAGGGCGCUGCUCUGAAGGAGGGGAAGGUGAAGAGGGGGGACUCUCACCUGGACAUGCCCUGUGUCAACCACAACAGGGCUGGACAGGAGUUGUGUUACCUGUGCAUGCAGCGGGCCCAGCGUAACAUCCCCCACUACCUGGCAGAGGAGAGGCUGACGGAACAGCAGGAGGAGGAGAGGGUGUUACAGUUCAACGAGCAGCGCAGAGACCAGUACUACCUACAGAGGGAGCAGGCGGACCGUCUGGAGAUACGUGAGAACAACCAGAAGGUGGCAGCGUUCAACCUGGCAGUGUCUGAAGCCAUGAAGGCGAAGAAGGUUGCUCGCUCCUCCCACUUCCAUGGUUCGUACAUCUUCAGGGGCCGUCCCCUCACCCCUCCCAGGGUCCAUAAGCAGCGCGGCUACAUGCAGGAUCUGCGGGCCCAGGCGGAGUGGAGGAAGGGCCAGGUCAGCCAGACUCAGCAGGACCAGGAGCUCAUCGACCUGCUACAACAGGUCCAGCUGGCACAGGAAAUCGCAUUGCAAAAGUCCCAGCAGCUCCACCUGAGACAGAAGAACACUAGCUGCUACAAGAAAGCCCUGGAUACACAGGUGGAGUACCAGGGCUCGGGCCUCCCAGCGCGCCUGCCCGACUCGGACGGCCCUGUGUUUGGCCAGCUGGACUGUACCCCUGCUGGGCUGUCAGAGCAGAAGCAGCGGGCGGAGAAGGUCUACCAGGAACAGCUGACCACGGCUAAUAACAAGAGAAAGGAGCUGCUCCUUAACCGCAGCACCAAACAGAAGAACGAGAGAGAGAUGCUCAACAGGAACAGGAAGGAACUGAUAAACGACCACAUCAACCGCUUUGAGAAGCUGCGUAACCUGAGGGCCUCGUUGGAGGACACCUGGAGACGCAGCGCCGACCUGAAACGCCACCGAGACAGAGAGGAGAAGGAAUUCAUCAAGUCUGGGAGCAGUCUGCUGAUUGACCAGUGUGAGCAGUACCGCCGCUGUUACCAGUGCAAGAGGAAGACAGAGAACUGUGGAGAGACAAACAUCUGGAAAGAGUCUCACUACAUCCCUGGCUCUCGCCUCAUGGUGUAGACCGCUGAAACCUGGUCUCAGAGCAAAUGUAGCCAUGCCACUCCAUUUAGUAUGAUAUGUUACUUUACAUUAGAUUACAUUACAUUGGCUUACCAACGUAAUAGCGGUCGUACAAUAUAAUAUUAAUUGUAGGACGUAUCCUACGUCUUGAUCGCACCAGUAUUGUUUAGUAUGAUUUAUCACAGUCGACUGCUUUAGUUUGAUAUAUCACACUCAACUGCUUCAGUAUGAUAUAUCACACUCAACUGCUUUAGUUUGAUAUAUCACACUCAACUGCUUACGAUACGAUAUAUCACACUCAACUGCUAUAGUAUGAUAUAUCACACUCAACUGCUUACGAUAUAUCACACUCAACUGCUUUAGUAUGAUAUAUCACACUCGAUUGCUUUAGUGUGAUAUAUCACACUGAACUGCUUUAGUUUGAUAUAUCACACUCAACUGCUUACGAUACGAUAUAUCACACUCAACUGCUUUAGUAUGAUAUAUCACACUCAACUGCUUUAGUAUGAUAUAUCACACUCAACUGCUUUAGUUUGAUAUAUCACACUCAACUGCUUUAGUAUGAUAUAUCACACUGAACUGCUUUAGUUUGAUAUAUCACACUCAACUGCUUACGAUACGAUAUAUCACACUCAACUGCUUUAGUAUGAUAUAUCAUACUCAACUGCUUACGAUACGAUAUAUCACACUCAACUGUUUUAGUAUGAUAUAUCACACUCAACUGCUUACGAUAUAUCACACUCAACUGCUUCAGUAUGAUAUAUCACACUCGACUGCUUCAGUAUGAUAUAUCACACUCAACUGAUUUAGUAUAAUAUAUCACACUCAACUGCUUCAGUAUGACAUAUCACACUCAACUGCUUUAGUU